CCUUUGAUCGCUGUCCUACUGCUUAGUUUUGUGCACCAGUUACGACCCUGGAGCCUUUGUCUGCCAGAUCGUUGUGCUCACUGAAUUCCUGUUCUCUCCUCUUAAUACCAGAAGCCAGUUUGUGGUCCAGAAUCAGGAAACAGCUUCCAGGUGAAAAGCCAGAAUGACAUGUCUCUGCUACCUCCGCUGUGUGAGGAAACUUUGGACUCCAGCAGAAGCAUCUCAGCUUCUUAAAGUGGUAAACCUGCACCGAUCGGUGCAUCAACUGCAACACAAAAAGGUGAUGGCAGAAGAAAAACCAUGGGCUCUGAUCUCAGAGGUGAGCGAGCAGGGAUACCUAGAGGAGAUGGUUGACGUAAUAAAACCACACUUCCACAUUAUCAACUACAAAGACUUUCAACAAAACCAGCAGCUGCACGGCCCAAAAAUUCAGGCCCUGUUACUGUGGAACGCCUUCCCUGUAGUCGAGCCUUCGCUGCUCAGUUUGCUUCCAUCGUUGAAGGUCGUUGCCAACGGAGGAGUCGGAAUCGACCACCUGGACGUGCCGUAUAUCAACAGUCUUGGGGUGAAGGUGACCAACACGCCCGGUGUGGUGAGCAAUGCCACGGCAGAUAUUGGCAUGGCUCUGCUGCUGGCGUCAGCAAGGAAGGUUGUUGAAGGGCACCAAGUAGCUAUGGACCCAAAGAUCACCCAUAUACCACAAAGCCUGAUGGGAGUUGAAGUCUCUGAGUCGACACUAGGGAUCAUUGGAAUGGGACACAUCGGAUACAAAAUCGCUCAGAGAGGCAAAGGAUUUGACAUGAAGAUUCUGUAUCACAACAGAAGCAGAAGGAGUGUUGAGGACGAGCAGGCUGUGGGGGCGACUUAUUGUGCGAACAUGGACGACCUGCUGAAAGAGUCGGACUUCGUCAUGCUGGCGGUGAACCUGACGCCUGAAACCACACGCCUGAUCGGCCACAGACAACUGUCCCUCAUGAAGCCCACGGCAACACUGGUCAACGUCAGCAGAGGUCUAGUUGUGGACCAGGAUGCAUUAGUCAAAGCUCUGCAGUCUGGAACGAUUCGAGCAGCAGCUUUAGACGUUACUUACCCUGAACCUUUACCCAGGGACCAUCCUCUCCUCGGCCUCCCCAACGUCCUGAUCACACCCCACGUCGGCACCCACACUUUGGCCACGACCAUAAAGAUGGUGCAGCAGAUGGUAGAUAACGCUGUGGCUGCAGUCAAAGGCCAGACUGCUCCCAACGAGGUCAAGCCCAAAUAACUGAACUGAUGGCACAUUUUCUGUCUCUAACGACAAGUGUUGAUCUGUUGACACUUAUGCUUCUCUGUGAAAUAAAGAAAUAAAUACUUUUAGUAGCAAAUAAGUAGGUUUUUACCUGUUUGGUUGCACUUUGUACAACUGACUGAAAUGCUUUCAUUUGUGACAGCUUAUUUGCUCAAAAGUAUCAUUGAAAGUACAUUUGUAGAUAACAAAUGUAAAUCCUCUCACAAUUAGUUUAGUUUCUGUCAUUUUUUUAAACCAAGCACAGUUUUACUGGUACAGGGUGAACAUCGUGCUUCCUUUUAUUUCCUAUUAGUUUUUAGUGUGUAAUCUUUAACUUCUUCUUAUAACUAAUAGCAAACUAUCCACUGUUUGGGAGGAAAAACAAGUUCGAAACUCAAGUCCACCUUAAAAAAACUAAAAGAAUGAAAAGAAAAUGUAGCAAAUGAAUGCAGCCACUCUGGUAUUAAUUUUAUGUGUCAAGAUGUGUUACUGUUGUUGACACAAAAGUCAUGUUACUUCUUCAUAGUCAUUUUAAUUACUGUACAAUUACACUGUAAACUGAUUUUCUAGAUUCAAAUAUGGUGCUCCAGUGUUUUGUUGAUCAAUAAAUGUUCCAUAACUAUA